CCAUUUUCCCAAUUGAUUUUUUGAUAUUUCCCGCCACUAGUAAACUAGGGCUUAGAAACUCAGCUUCAGUACUCAAAUCCCGAAUUUUACUUACAAGCAAAGAUAAACAGCAAAUGGGUAGCCAAUCUGAUCCUCACGCUUUCGCAUUUUCAGCAGCCGAGUUGGAGUUUCUAGCGGAAGAUGAAACGGUUGAAAUUGUGCCAAACAUGAGAUUGGAACCUCUCCAUCUUAUAUCUGGAGAUUUUGGACCUUUCCGUCCACAAAUAGCAACACAGGUGCCUCUCUGGUUAGCAGUUGCUUUGAAAAAGAGAGGGAAAUGUACUAUCAGACCUCCUGAAUGGAUGUCCGUUGAAAAGUUAACCCAAGUUCUGGAAGCUGAAAGGGAUUCUGAAAAGUUCCAAUCAUUACCAUUUCAUUACGUUGAGAUCUCGAGGCUUCUUUUUGAUCAUGCGCGCGAAGAUAUUCCUGACAUCUAUAUGGUAAGGUCUCUUAUUGAAGAUAUUAAGGAUGUGCGGUUUCACAAAAUUGGAACUGGUUUGGAGAUAAUUUCUAAGGAGGUCACAUACGCGUUGAGGCUUAAAAAUCUCUCAGCAAUGGAGGCAAACAUAGUACGCCCAUUUGUUACCCAAGCUUUGCAGACAUUUCAUAAGCUAAAUACUUCAGAAGCAAUACCGGAAUCAGGCAGCAUUCCGAGCAGACAGCGCCAACCAGUGAAUCAGAGGGACAAACGUGUGCUGAAAGGUAGAUGAAAACUAUUCUCUCAUCAGUCUCAUCCUGACCCCUUUAAAGAGACAUGAAUUGAGCAUCCUACUAGCAAGGGAAGUAUUAUUAUCAUGCAAGUCCAUUUUGUUUUCGUAUCAUAUUUAAUGCCAGUUCUUUUUGUCAGCAAUGAAUGACAGAAACUCUCAUUCAGUAAAUAUUAAUGCUUGAUUCUGUUUCUUGAUAUUCAGUUCUCAAGAGUGUGCACAGGAUAUUGAUGCAUAAAUUUGUAUUUUCUGUUUGAUUUCUUGCCCAUUAAGAAGAUGUAUGUUGCCUUUU